GGGGCGGGGCAAAGGGAAGAACGUUAGAAAUCAGCACCAAACGUGCCUCCCAGAAGCGGUGAAGUGGUUCUUCAACAUCAGGAACCAGGUGUCAACCUACGUCUUUAAGUUGUCAAGAUGUCUCUUUCUAAGAAAUUGACUUUGGACAAGCUGGAUGUUAAAGGGAAACGAGUCAUCAUGAGAGUAGAUUUUAACGUUCCCAUGAAGAAGAACCAGAUUACAAACAACCAGAGAAUCAAGGCUGCCAUCCCAAGCAUCAAGUACUGCCUAGAUAACGAAGCCAAAUCGGUAGUUCUUAUGAGUCACCUAGGCCGCCCGGAUGGUGUUCCCAUGCCUGACAAAUAUUCCUUAGAACCUGUUGCUGCUGAGCUCAAGUCCUUGCUGGGGCGGGAUGUUUUGUUCUUGAAGGAUUGUGUAGGCUCAGAAGUAGAGAAGGCCUGUGCCAACCCAGCUACUGGCUCAGUCAUCCUGCUGGAGAACUUGCGCUUUCAUGUGGAGGAAGAAGGGAAGGGCCAGGAUCCUUCCGGAAAGAAACUUAAAGCAGAGCCAGAUAAAAUAGUAGCCUUCCGAGCAUCACUCUCCAAGCUAGGAGAUGUAUAUGUCAAUGAUGCCUUUGGUACUGCACACCGAGCUCACAGUUCCAUGGUGGGAGUAAAUCUGCCCCAGAAAGCAUCAGGAUUCCUGAUGAAAAAGGAGCUGGAUUACUUUGCCAGAGCCUUGGAAAACCCUGAGAGACCUUUUCUGGCUAUACUUGGUGGGGCCAAAGUGGCAGACAAGAUACAACUCAUCAAAAAUAUGCUGGACAAGGUCAAUGAGAUGAUUAUCGGCGGUGGAAUGGCUUACACAUUCCUUAAGGUACUGAACAACAUGGAAAUCGGUGCUUCCCUUUUUGAUGAAGAGGGAGCCAAGAUUGUCAAUGAUAUCAUGGCCAAAGCAAAUAAGAAUGGUGUAAAGAUUACCUUCCCUGUUGACUUUGUCACUGCUGACAAGUUUGAUGAGAAUGCUAAAGUUGGACAAGCUACUGUAGCAUCUGGUGUACCUCCUGGCUGGAUGGCUUUGGACUGUGGUCCUGAGACCAACAAGAAGUUUGCUCAAGUUGUGGCCCAAGCAAAGCUAAUUGUUUGGAAUGGACCUGUAGGGGUAUUUGAAUGGGAAGCCUUUGCUAAGGGAACCAAAGCUCUCAUGGAUGAAGUUGUGAAAGCCACUUCCAGAGGCUGCAUCACCAUUAUAGGUGGUGGAGACACUGCUACUUGCUGUGCCAAAUGGAACACUGAAGAUAAAGUCAGCCAUGUGAGUACUGGAGGUGGUGCCAGUCUAGAGCUUCUGGAAGGCAAAAUCCUUCCUGGAGUGGAUGCCCUCAGCAACUUAUAGCUGAAAAAGUACUCUGUCCUUCUGCUUCCUGCCCACAGCCUUUAAGUCAGCUUAGUGCAUUUACAUCUGGACUUAUGUUAAAACCUAACCUUUUAUCAAAAUCUAGUUAUGACUAUGUGGCAAGUCAUCAGGAACUCAACUCAACAUCAGCAAAGGAAUUAACCUCAUUUUAGUACUAUCACACAUUUGCCUAUUCUCUUCAACAUCUCAUUUGAACUUCACCAUUGUGCUUCACAGGGAGGUUUUAUUAUUAAGUUACCUAUUAAAGAAAGUAAGUCAAAUAAGCUGUAUGUCUCUCUUUUA